AUGUAUUGGCUUGCAUCAUUAUGCGCCGCCACUGCCCUCUUGCACAGUGGGAUUGUCCUCGGGGUGCAAAUUCCGUCGGAACUCUCACGGUAUUUCCACACCGAUGAGAAUCUGAUUGCAAGCUUCAACAAUGGCACCGACUUUGUCACCUACCCGGGGGAGCGUCUGCCGACAAAGGAAACACAAGAUUCCCCCAAUAUCUAUGUUCCUGGCCCGAUGACCGGGUCUUCGCCUUACAUUUUACUUAUGGUCGACCCAUCCUAUAAUGCAACGGUCCCGACAAACACGGUACUACACACAAUCGUGGGGAACCUCACAGCCGGUCAAGCGUAUAAUGCGAGCUGGAGUGAUAAUAAGCCUACACUCGCUCUCAAAGGGCCUCAGCCGGUAGUUGCACCUUACGUCGGCCCCGAGCCCCCAGCCCACCAGCCAUCGCACAACUACACGAUCAUGUUAUUUUCCCAACCUCCCAAUUUCCAGGUCCCAAGCAAGUAUGACCAAUGGAUGACCCUCGACAUGAGUGACCCUUUCACCCGAACCAACUUCCCCGUCGUGAACUUCGCACGCGACACCGGGCUUGGGCAGCCGGUAGCGGCAACCUACUUCAGACUGACCUUGACCAGCGCGAACCAGGCUGGGUCCACGUCAACGGCCACGGCGUACGAGAACGUCGCCUCCUCGACUUCCGCCUCCGGUUCCGUGGCGACUGGUACCGUUACCGGGAAAACCAUCCUUCGAGCCCUGUUACCGACUUCUGUUUACUUUCUGAUCUGA